UGUACGGUUUGAUAAGAGAUUUAUUCUAGCUAGUGAUAUGAUGAUGCUAGAAGUUUACAUGCCUGGCUUAGUAGAAAAUAACAUUAUAAAAAACCACAGGAUUGUUAGAGCAGGCAAAACAGGGUACAUUUGCAUCACUAAGAUUUUAUUUAACUGAAGCCAUGCCAUUUGGACAGGUAGUUGUUGGCCCUCCUGGUUCAGGAAAAACAACUUACUGUGCAGGAAUGUUCCAGUUGCUGACUUCUUUAGGAAGAGAGGUUGCAGUUAUCAACAUGGAUCCUGCUAAUGACAAUUUGCCAUACCCUUGUGCUGUGGACAUAUCAGAGCUAAUUUCUCUAGAAGAUGUCAUGACUUAUUUACAUUUAGGGCCCAAUGGAGGACUAGUAUACUGCCUGGAGUACCUGGAAAAGAAUGUUUCUUGGUUAAAGGAAAAGCUAGAAAUAAUUAAAGACAAAUACCUUUUAUUUGACUUUCCUGGACAGGUAGAGUUGUACACACAUCACAACUCAGUUAAAAACCUUCUAGAGCAGCUGACCAGCUGGGAUUUCAGACUUACUGCUGUACACUUAGUCGACUCUCACUACUGCUCUGAUCCUGGUAAAUUUGUGGCUGUUUUACUGACAUCACUCAACACCAUGCUGCAGUUAAGCCUCCCACAUGUAAAUGUAUUGUCCAAAGUUGAUUUAAUAGAGAAACAUGGAAAGCUUGCUUUUAAUCCAGAUUACUACACAGAUGUCUUAGAUUUACAUUACCUUUUGGAUCACUUACAGGAUGAUCCUUUACUACACAAGUACAAAAAAUUAAAUGAGGCAUUAGUUGGUAUUGUUGAAGAUUAUAGCCUUGUGACUUUUGUCCCAUUAAGUGUUGAGGAUAAAGAAAGCAUUCUUAGAGUUUUGAAAGUUGUGGAUAAAAGCAAUGGAUAUGUAUUUGGAUCUCUUGAGGACAGAAGUUUAGAGUCCCUUAUGUCUUGUGCAGUUGGAGCUGAGUUUGAAUAUGACAAGAUCAAAGAUGUGAAAGAAAAAUACAUGGAUAUGGAAACAGAAGAUCUGGAUGAAAGUGGAUGAUAUGUUGUUUAAAAUGUGAAGUGUGGCAUUUUUAGAAUUUUAAUCAGACUUGAAUUUUUGUUUAAAGUUAUUCUGCCAGUAAUAUUUUUCAGACUUUUUAUGGCUACAUUUUGUUAACUUAAAAAAAGUUUUCUAAAUUGACUAUCCUAUUUAUCAUUAGUAAGUAUAGUUAUGCACCAAAAUGUUUAUGCAUAAGCUUAUUUAUUUACUAAGUUAUUUAAUAUAGACAAGGUGGUGAUAUUCCAAUUUAACACUUCUCAAAAAGCUUUGUUGUGUGAACUUAAUGUGAUGCCACAGAUAAGGGUGUUGCAUCAGGCCUCAGUUACCUAGAAAAAAAUGUCCAUGUGUGCUUCGUGUUCAUUAAAUCCAAAGAUAAACUGUGUUGCAUGAAAAAGUUACACUCAGUGUUUAAAACAGUUUCAUUUGCUAUUGAAGCCAUUUGUAAUUUGGAAUACCUAUAUUGGUAUAAAGCUUUUGUUUAGUAUCCUAAUGACAUGCCACUACAUUAACUGCAGCUAAUUUUGCUAAACGUCUUUCACACAUCCAUUAAAUAGUUAAAUAAUUAUUGUUAUUGUGUGAGAAUGAUAGACUUCCAAUGUAAAUAUUUUUAACAUGUAAAUAAACUUAUAAUUACA